AUGGGAAGUGUGACCAUUUCAGAGGAAGAACUCGUGGAGUUGAUCUGCAGCUUGAUGCAGGAGUGGCCCAUGUCUGAGUACGACCUUCUCAACAAGAACUGCUGCCAUUUUUGCGAGGAACUUUGCGAGCUGCUCGGGGUCGGGCCUCUGCCAAGCAGAGUGAAGAAGCUGGCUGGACUCGGGUCCACACUGAACGAGAGUGCUGCCAUGAUGGCCGAGGCUGCUUCCAAAGUUAGAGCCGACAUCGUAGGUGUCGGCGUCGUAGCAUCAAGCCUUCUUGUACAGGCCGCCGUUGGCACGGUUUCAGCGCUGGGCACCGCCGAUGUCGCUACAAGCGGUGAUAGCCAUCGCCCGUCUGCAGAGCAAAACAAAUUGCAUUUGUGGGACUACCUCCACCGAGCUGGUCGUACGGCCCGAUUCGGCGAGCCGGGCAAGGUGACCUCCUUGGUGAAGAAGGGUGAUAAGUAUCUUGCCAAGGCCAUCGAGCGGUGUGUCCAGCUCGGCAAGCCCAUCAACGAGUUGCAGAAGCCUCAGUCUCCCGGCAAAGCCGAUGGCUCCAGUCUCUUUGUCUGCUCGCUGCACUUCUUCGACAAGGCAGGGAGGCUUGCGGGCCACGAUGGUCUCAAGGACCGCAUUCUUGGCCUGUGCCGUGUCGUGCCGUGGCAGGCGGGCCUCAGCCUUCUACGAAGCAUCGUGGCUUCUGGCCAGCAAGCCAACGCGGUGCCCUGCAACGCUGCCACCAGCGGCGUGGGCAGCGUCCUGGGUGCUUGGUUCCGUAGUCGCCAUCUCCUCGAUGACAUGCGCUGGCACACCGUCGUUCCCACUGUCGUCACCCUUGGUGCUCUGAUUGCCAGCUGCAGCUUGCAUGCCUUGUGGUCAGCAGCUCUUCGCUCCGUCGCAAUGAUGCAGGAGCUGCACGUGCAGCCGGACCUCGUGGCCCACAACUCCCUGAGCGAUGCAGCCGCAGCUGCUGCUAACUGGCCUUUGGCAUCGAAGCUCAUGGAGGAGACGCGAGAGGCUCGACUCCGACGAGAUGCGGUGGGCAUGACGACUCUGUUGCAGGCCUUCGCCCAGGGAGCUCGCUGGCACCGGGCAGUCGAUGCAUGGGCCGGAUUUGCCCAGGAUGGUAUGUCUCGGAAUGUCAUUCAGCUGAAUUCCGUGACGAACAGCUUGGGCCGAGGCCAGAAUUGGGAGCAGGCCACGCAGAUAAUUCGCAGCAUCCCGGAAGCUCUUCGCCCUGAUGCCAUUACGCUGGCCGCGAGUUUAGCCGCCUGCGGCGAAGCUGUGCAGUGGGAAGCCGCAAUUCAGCUCUUCGUCUUGGACUUCUGCUCAGGAGCACCAGCUCUCACAGCUUCCUCUGCCACCACUGCCAUGGCGGCCGCCAGACGCGCCGGGCACUGGCGCCGGGUCUUGGGCAUUUCUGCGGUGCUGGGGCGCUGGCAGGUGACCGAAGAUCUCGUCUGCUUCAACGAGCGCCUCGCGGCCUUCGCCGACUCCCGCAGGUGGCGCAGCGCCGUGGCGGCGCUGAAGGCGCAGGCUUCCCGCAGCCUCCGACCUGACACCACAGCCGUCAACACGUGCCUGGCAGCCUUCGGAUCCACUUGGCGCAAGCUUUUGCUGCACCUUCAUGAAGCUAGCGCACAGGGCUCUGCGGAUGCCGUGAGCUUCCACUGCGCGGCCAGCUCUUGUGCUGCCGCUGGCGAAGUGGGCACUGCACUACGCUUGGUUGAGCAGGGACGGCUCAGGCAGGGGCGCCACAGCCGCAUUCAGCUGGUCGCAUCCAUUGGUCUGCUGUCUGCAGCUGGUGUUGUCCCGGUGCACAAGCUUCGCAGUCUGGACGCCGAUCUCGUGGUGCUGGCGGCUGCGGCUCUUGCUUCAGCACCGCCACAGCUUCUUGCUGCGCUGCGUGCUCCAUGUCUCGAUCGUUUGCGGAGAACGGACGCAAAAGAGUCCAGUCUUCAGACAAGCGAGACUACCUGCGAGGUUCUCCCUGCUUCUGUCCUCUGCUGCACUCGUUCUGAAGUCGAGCGCUGCGACUUGGAAGGAGCUCUGGGUGAGCUGAUGGAGCGCCACCCUCGGGCGGCCAAGUACUUGAGUCGCGAAGAGCGCGGGCUCCCUGCGCGGAAGCCCUACUCUGGUGGUCUGAGGUAG